GCGAAAUUGUCCGCGAUUGCUUUACCACCACAGUGACGAAAAUCGUAAACGUCAACAUUUAUUUUAUUUGUUAACUAGAUAUUAUGUACUUUGAAAAAAAUGAAUCGUAGUGAAGGUUUUGUGAAAAGGCGAAAUGUAACGAGGGAAAAUAACGAAGGACUAUCAAAAGAAGAAAUCGAAGAACGAAAACCCAGCAGAGAUGAAGAAUUGGAAGGUGAUUCGAAGGAAACUAGACUAACAUUAAUGGAAGAGGUGCUACUACUAGGCUUAAAAGAUAAAGAAGGUUAUACCUCAUUUUGGAACGAUUGCAUUUCGAGUGGACUACGAGGUUGUAUUCUGAUAGAGCUGGGUAUAAGGGGCAGAGUAGAACUAGAGAAAAAUGGUAUGCGAAGAAGGAGUCUUCUCUCUCGUAAACUCAUACUCAAAAGUGACACCCCUGUAGGAGACGUCUUGCUGGACGAGGCUCUGAAGCAUCUCAAAGAAACAGACCCACCAGAAAGUGUCCAGAGCUGGAUUGAAUACUUAAGCGGUGAAACCUGGAAUCCCCUCAAGCUACGCUAUCAGUUGAAGAAUGUGCGGGAACGUUUGGCAAAGAACUUAGUUGAAAAAGGUGUGCUCACAACAGAAAAGCAAAACUUUCUAUUCUUCGAUAUGACUACACAUCCAUUAACAGACAACAUUACAAAAACUCGAUUGAUAAAGAAAAUCCAAGAUGCAGUCCUCAACAAAUGGGUCAACAAUCCCCAUCACAUGGACAGGAGAAUGUUGGCCUUAAUUUUUCUGGCCCAUGCCAGUGAUGUUCUCGAGAAUGCGUUUGCUCCCCUGAAUGAUGAUGAUUAUGAACUUGCAACUAAAAGAGUAAGAAAACUUCUUGAUUUGAACUUCGAAGAGGAAUCCAAUAAACCUAAUACUUGUGAAGUCCUUUGGGCUGUUUUCGCAGCUUUCACAAAGUAAAAUGCAAUGUCCUGUAUUAAAUUUCAGUCUAUAACCUUGUCUAUACGUUAUUCUUAUUAUAUCAUUCUUUGUAAAUUGUUUAUUUUAAAACUAUAUCUAAGUAUGUAUUGCAAUUUGCAAAAAAAUAUGCAUAAAACUUACAGCAAGAGCAGAUUACGAUCAAAAGAUAACAAACCUACAAACACCUCUUUGUAGCUGUAAAAUGUAAAUUUUUGCAGAUUGUCUUUAGCAUUACCCGAUAUUUUUCUAAGAAAAAGGGGUAAGCCCUAAGCCUGCUACUCACUAUUUCUUGAUGCCUCGAUUUGAUGCAUUGAUCAACAAAUCUCUAUCAUAUAUCACCACUAUGCAAUUCAACUAAUAGUGAGUAAGAAGCUUUAAUUCAUUAAUGAUUAUAUUAAGUGACUCACUUCAAAAGUGCAAGUUUCCAAAAGAUCACCUUAUUUUACACUGUGAUAAACUGAAUUAACAUUUUAUUGUUCCUCUUAAAAUGAGUCACUCCUUAGUUUUCAAUAACUGAUUUAAUAAUCAGCUGCCAACAUCGAUGUCAGAGCUGGGCUACAAUUUAUUUUUAAGUAAUGUUUUUUUUUUUGAUCAUUUAGCUUCAGUUACUGGGAGCUACAUCACUCAUAUUUUUCAAAAUAAUUAGUGAAUUUAUGUAUAACCUCAGUUUAAUUUCUAUGCGUUCACUAACGUCCAGUAUUAGUGAUAAUUUAGCUGAGCACUUAAGAUGGGCACAUCACAUAUCUCAUUCAAACACUUUAGUGCCAUUUCAUUUUUAAACCUAUAAGUACACAGAUUGGUUAGAAAGUUCCUAAAAGAUUGCAAAUCUCAUCAAAUAAAUAUGGCAUGUAAGUAUUGGGCGGUACAAUUUUUUUAUCACAGUUUUUUGGUCCAAUGUGACAGUCUUAAUUUUAAUAUCAUAAAAGAGGUUGCCUUAAAUUUAUUAUGGAACCAAAACUAAACUUCAAUUUUCAAUCUCAGAAUCAGAAAUAUGAUGGUUUUGUUGUUAGAUUUUUUGAAAUAUAUUUCACAAGAAAAGAAAACUUAGCUGGAAACCUGCAUGAAAGCCAGUGACAAUUAACAACAAAAUGUUUUCAGUGGUGAUUAAUUUGAAGACAGAAAGUAAUAUAAAUACAAACAUAAAAUUUCAUUAAAUAAAUUAUCCCAUUUUAAGAGUUCCAGAAAAUAUAUAAUUUUACAAAUGAUAAAAGAGACACAAUCAAUAAUAUAAUACCUUAUCAAACAAGUAAAGUGUAUCACAAAAAAAAACUAGAUUUAAGAAAACAUAAAAAUUAAGGUUUGAAAUUUUCUUUGCCCACUUUCCUUGCAAGACCCAGCUGAAACAAAUAGAAAAAUAUGUUUUUGAUGUGUAAAGUUACUUGAAUAUUUUCAAAAGUUGCUAACUUCACAAAGGAAAAUUCUUACCCUGCUUGGUGGCCUCAAUUCCAUUCUAGACUCUUUUGAAGGGCCCAAAUCCCCAACAUCUUUCUUUGAAUUAUUUGCCAUUUCAUUAACAGAAUUUGGUGUGUUUAAAGAUCUUGCUUGAUAAAAAAACGACCUGGUGAGUUUUGGCUUUGAUGUAUUCGAUUGGGGUGAAGCUGGCGUAGAAGCUGGUUUGUUCAAAGAUCUUGCUUGAUAAAAAAACGACCUGGUGAGUUUUGGCUUUGAUGUAUUCGAUUGAGGCGAAGCUGGCGUAGAAGCUGCCAUCGGUUUGAGUUUCGGCUCUUGCAAAGGAGUGCUGGUUUUUUUUGACUGGAGAGUGAGUUUAGGCAACAUUGUCCUAAGGGGCUCUCUUUUAGAUGGUAGGGUCUUGGAUUUUUUAAAUUGUGAACCACUAGAAUUUUUCACUGAACCGUUGGAACUAUUGUUUGUGGAUCUUGCAAUUGAGCUGUGAGGGUUCUAAAAGAGAAUAAUUAAAAAAAAAAAAAAAAUUUUUAAUUCACUCUUACAUAGACUCCAUAUGGUGGUGGAUUUUUAGACAUUGGUGAUUUAUUUGAGUCAAAUGAUUUAUUUUUCAUUGGCAAAUCCAUUGCUUCAUCUUGUCUGUUUAAAUGAGUAUUUUCCACAGAAAAAUCUUGAGAAUUUGUUGUCAUGUUUGUGUUACCACUUAAUAAAUUAACAAUAGUUGGUAGUGCAUUUUGGCCUUCCAAUUUUUGACUUUGUGAUAAAUUGCCCAUUUCCUUUAACAUCUGAAAUUGUUUUCAAUACAUUCUUUGCUGACUUAUGAUAUUUUGCUCAAGUCUUCAAUGCUGCAUUAAGAUGCUUUAGAUAUUUUGCUUAUUUUUUGACUAAAAUUUGUUCAAUUGAAAUAAUAGAACUUAUAGAUCAAUUUCCUAAUCUUAUUUGAAAGGCUCAGCACAUGCUGGUCCCAUUUCAAAUACUUAUCAACGAUCAUUCCCAAAUACUUAGUCUGAGCUACUUCACAAAUACACUCCUCCAAAUUAUCGACCUUAAUACAAUCAAAGUCCGGCCUAUUAACAGCAGUAAUCGAGAAAGCUACAUAAUUGGUUUUUCGAACGUUUAGAGAGAGCUUACAUGUGUCAAGCCAAUUUUUAAUUUUUGAUAUCCCGAUGUUCACAUAAUGUUUAACUUCAGGCCAAGAGUUACCGAAAAAUAUCACCGAUGUGUCGUCGGCAUAUGAGAUAAUAGUACCGUUUUCAAUAUUCAUGUCCGUUAAGGAGUUAAUAUAAGUUAAAAAUAAAAUUGGACCAAGAACUGUACCUUGCGGGACCCCCAUUCUUAUAUGAGUUUAUGAUUUUAGUUACAAUAUAGUACACAAGAUAGAGAAUUAAUUGAUUUAGUAAUUUUUUACAUAUGUGUCCAUAAGCAAUUAUUUUUAGUUGGAUAAUCUGUUCUGUUCAAUAAUAAUGUCAAUAUAAGUACCUUCAUAAUUUAUUGUUAUUUUUUGUAUUUUAAGUGAGAUUUCCUCUGAGAGCGUCAACAUCCAUGUAGAUUUCAAAUGUUUUUUAAAAUUCAAUAAACAACUAGGUACCCAAUCUGUGUUUUUCUUAUCUGAACUAAUAAUUAUAAAUUUCACCAAGGGAAAUUAAUAAUUAUUUUGAUUAAGUAGGUACAAAUUUUUUCUUGAUAUGUUUUAUAUUGUUAGUGAGAUUGUUAUUUAUAGUUUUCUUUUAACUGGUCUUUGUAUGUACUUAUUUACUAUCAGAAGUAUCAGAUCACUUCAUAAAAAAAACUAUAAAUUCUACAUUUGACAUUAUAUUCAUUCAAAUUUUAAUUUCAAAUAUUCUGUAAAUAUAUGUUCCUUAGUUUCUAACUUUCCUUAAAUUAUUUCCGUUACUUAUCUGUUUUCAUCAAUUAAUGGUAUUGUACAAAAUUGAAAGUAACAAGUUUUAAAAAUUAUUGCAUUGACCUUUGUCAAAAUUGGUAAUAAAGAUUCUAAUUCUUUUUAGAGAACCUAUUAUAAUAUUGUUAGUAUUAAUAAGUAUAAAUUUAUAUGUUGAAGAUAAGUGUAUGUCAUAUUAAAAAUAAAUGUUUCGACACAACAAUUGUUUAUUUCAACCCAAGGUUUAUUUUACUAUGACUAAUAAAACUACAGGACCACAAAGCAACAGAUAUUUUUCUUUCAAUUUUGUAGUUGUUGAAAUCCAAUUCAAUUGUGGUUUUUUUUUUGUUGGACAUUCUUUCUUGCUUUAAACAUUUGCUCAUUGCUAUAUAAUUAUUCGGAGUAUUUGUCAUUUGCCCACAAAUUUAGUUACUAGAAGCUGAAAUAGAAAUAUCAUUAGCACAUAAUAGCCCCGGCUCGAUCUGAUGCUUUAAAUAGGAAAAUAUGAACAAAUUAGAGAUAAGCUGAA